GUGCAUGCAAUAUUCUUCGUAUCAUUCAGUUGCGAUUCGUAGUGAUACGAACUUCCAUGUGCAGAAUGUUAAAAAUAGUUGAAAGUAUUUAUUUACCGAAAAGUUUGAGAAAAGUUCGAUUUUUCACCAAGUCAAGUGUGGAUACUGAAAAUACUUUGAUGGACUUCAAAAAUAUUCCUGGGCCCAAGAGUUACCCAUUAAUUGGAACGUUGCAUAAAUAUUUACCUUUGAUAGGAGACUAUGACGCAGAAGCCCUCGAUAAAAACGCCCUACUUAACUGGAAGCGUUACGGGAGCCUCGUCAGGGAAGCGCCAGGAGUGAACUUGUUGCACGUGUUUGACCCAGAUGACAUGGAGAUGGUAUUCCGCCAGGAUGACCAGCACCCUGCCAGACGAAGCCAUGUUGCCAUGCUGCAUUACCGCCUUAACAAACCAGAAUCUUACAACACUGGGGGAUUGUUGGCAACAAAUGGUCCAGAAUGGUGGCGGCUUCGUAGCACAUUUCAGAAGAAAUUUACUGGACCGCAAAGCGUGAAACCUCAUAUACAAGCCACGGAUGGUAUUAUCAAAGAAUUUGUUCAAUGGAUAAAAUAUAUCGGAGUAACUGAAAACGAUGAUUUCUUGAACUAUUUAAAUAGAUUGAAUUUAGAAGUGAUCGGCACAGUGGGGUUUAAUGAAAGAUUCCACAGUUUUUCUGACUCUGAACAAGAUCCAGAGUCGCGCAGCAGCAAAGUGAUAUCAGCGGCCUUUGGCUCCAACUGCGGAAUCAUGAAGUUAGACAAAGGUUUUCUGUGGAAAAUAUUCAAGACCCCUCUGUAUAGGAAACUCGCCGAGUCGCAGGAUUAUCUGGAAACGUAUUUUUACAGAGUAGCAACUGAGAUACUUCUACAUCGCGUGAAUUUUUAUGAGGCUGAUGAUCCAUUUACUGACAUCUCGCUUUUGCAAUCAUUCCUCACUCAGCCGAAUGUGGAUUUAAAGGACCUAAUGGGAAUGAUGGUCGACAUGCUGAUGGCGGCUAUUGAUACUACAGCAUAUGCGACGAGUUUUGCAUUAUAUAAUUUAGCUACUAACCCAGAGAUUCAGGAAAAGAUGUUUCAAGAGAUUGCCGUCCUGCUUCCAACGAAAGAUGCAGAAGUAUCCUCCGAGACUUUGGUGAAAGCUGUCUAUGUAAGGAGUGUCAUUAAGGAGAGUUUGAGAUUAAAUCCUGUUUCGAUUGGAGUAGGCCGGUGGCUGCAGAAAGAUAUCAUAUUAAGAGGAUAUUUGAUUCCAAAAGGGACAGUCAUUGUAACACAAAACAUGUUGGCUUCUCGACUGCCACAGUUCGUUAACGAUCCAUUGACUUUCAAGCCUGAGCGUUGGAUCCGCGGCACUCAGGACCAUGAAAAUAUUCACCCAUUUCUUAGCUUGCCAUUUGGGUUUGGCCCAAGAUCAUGCAUUGCAAGACGACUAGCUGAACAAAAUAUGGCCAUCACCCUGAUUCGAAUAAUACGUGAAUUUAAAUUGCAUUGGAACGGCAAGCAACUUGGAGUACGAACUUUACUCAUAAAUAAACCAGAUCAACCAAUACUUUUAAGAUUUAAGCCAAGAAUUUUGUAGAGGGGGUGAAAAUAAAAAAUAAUAAAAUACUUGCAAUUCAAAAACAAUUUAUUUUCUAAUAGAUGUUUGUAUUUGGAUGUCUUUUUUUGGUGGCAAGUGUCAUAGCACACCCCGCGACGGAGACUCGACCACCAAUAAUUGACUAUGAAUUCCCACUGGGAUAUUAUCCUGCUGCACCACUUCUAAGAACCAGUAUACCACUCGUGAUUGAAGAGCCAAAAGGUGAAAAACAGGAAGAAAAAGCAGUCAUUGGUGAGGCUCCCACGUUACCUCCCUUGAAUAUUCCUGUUAUCCAUGAAGUUGUAAUUGAAAACGAGCCUAAAAAAGAGAUAGUGGAAAAGCCUGCAGAAAAUGGCGAAAAACCUUCAGAAUCCGAUAAAUCUUCCACUGAGGAACCUGCCAAGCCGGAAGAGAAGCCCAUUUUAAUAAAGGUGGACGGGAUCCACCCACAUAUUGUUCGCUUUUCAUGGCCAUCAUGGCUGCCAAAUAUUUUUGAUCAAUUAACAGAUCUCCCGAUUGUAUCAAAUAUCCUAUCUUUUGCCAACAAACCAACCACAAUUUUUCAACCAGCCAACUACCGCAUUCCUGUUGUCCUAAAAUAAUAACUAAUACUAAUCACAAAAUAAAACUUUGUUUUUUUUUAACAUCUAAUUCCACGAAAAUUGUAUUGUAACAAUAAAAUAACUGACAAUGACUUUGCUAUUAAAGCUAUGAUAAAUUAUGUAUUUCUGGAAGAUUUUUUCCUAAUAAAAUAUAUUUACAAAA